AACUACACUUCAUCAGCAUCAGCCCCCAUGGACAACAAAGAAAAGCUUCACAUUGCAAUGUUCCCAUGGCUAGCUUACGGUCACAUUAUGCCAUUUUUUCAAGUGGCUAAGUUUUUAGUUGAAAAGGGUCAUCAUGUCUACUUCAUUUCUACCCCAAAAAACAUUCAUCGUCUCCCUCAAAUCCCUAAUAACUUAUCUUCUCAGCUAAUCUUCGUUCAACUUCCUUUGCCUCUCGUUCAAGGUUUAUCAGAAGGAGCUGAGUCCCCCGCUGAUUUACCCAUUCACAAAGCUCCUUACCUAAAACAAGCCUACGAUAUGCUCCAACUCCCUUUCAUAAACUUCCUAAAAAAUUCACAAGUCACUUGGAUCAUCCAAGACUUUGCCUCCUACUGGUUACCCAGUGCCGCCGCUCAACUCGGUGUCAACACAGUUUACUUCAGCAUUGUCAACGCUACCACUUGUUCUUUCUUCGGUUCACCCGCGGAUUUAAUCAAUGGUCGGUUUCAGAAAGCCGAGGACUUGACGAUGGUCCCCCAGUGGAUAAACUUUAAUUCUAAUAUAAAGUUUAAGCUCCACGAUAUCAUGAGGGGUCAACAGGAAUGCAAGGACUCGGUGUCUGAUUUAUACCGUUAUGGAACGGUACUUAAAGAUUGCUGCGCCGUGAUUGUGAGGAGCUGCCCUGAGUUUGAACCUGAAGCUUUUACUGUAUUCAGUAAACUUUUACAAAAACCAGUACUUCCGGUCAGCUUAUUACCACCAUCAAUGCAAGAUUAUACUGUGGCUGAUAGCAAAUGGCAAGUUUUAAAAGAUUGGCUUGACACUAAGAAGGAGAGAUCAGUAGUUUAUGUUGCACUCGGUACUCUGUUGACUCUGAGUCAAGAACUUAUGCACGAGUUGGCUUAUGGGCUAGAAAAAAGUGGGUUCCCUUUUAUUUGGGUAAUUAACAAACGGCCACUUGUUGAAGGAAAGAUGGGUUCGGAUCUAGUUCCGCACGGGUUUGAAGAUCGGGUUUCGGGUCAGGGCUUGAUAUGGAUGGAUUGGGCACCUCAACUAAGGAUCUUGGCUCACUCAUCGGUUGGUGGUUUCUUGACUCACAGCGGUUGGAGUUCAGUUAUUGAGGCGCUUGGAUUGGGGCGGCCACUGAUCAUGCUUACAGGGGGUUCGGAUACGGGGUUGGUUGCAAGGAUCAUGCAUAGGCGGGUAGGGUUAGAAAUAGAAAGAGAUGACAAAGAUGGUUCAUUUACAAGUGAGCGUGUGGCCAAGUCCAUUAGACAAGUUUUAGUGGAGAAAGAGGGAGAGCCACUGAGAGCAAAUGCAUGGGCCAUGAGAGAGACUUUUGGCAACAUGGAAUUACGUAACAAGUACUUAGAAGAGUUCAAUCGGUUCAUCGAAAACAAUACUGCUCCAAACCGCUCUAUAUGAUUCAUCUUUAGGUUUUCAUGAAUUUGUAAAUUUAAAUUAGUUGGUUUGUGAAUUGUGAAGAAGGGAAUCUUCAUUGUUCGUUCAAAUCAGUUAAGUAAACAAAGGAAGGAAUUCCCAUUUCCAUUUCCAUUCCUUUGUUUAUUCCGGAAAGCUUAGAGUCGAAAAGCCCUUCAAGUUGUUAAAAGCUAUCGCUCCGGUUGGAGUGGGGUGGCGCUUAUCUCAAAAUGGGUAAUUUUUAUUUUCUUUCUUUGUAUCCCAAAAUAUCAUAAACUAGAUGACACGUCCGCGCAUUCUGU